UAGAUACAACCUUAUAUGGAAAAAGAUACUGUAGUUGUGAAAGAAAGCAAACAAAAUGUAAUAUUUACUUAUAGUUUUGUGUACUUCUUUUAUUUGGCAACUGCAGUAGUCUUUUUUACAGUAGUAUUUUUCCGUAAAGGAAAACUUAUCAACCACCUGACACGCACCACGACAUGGGAGGAUCCGCGGAAAACGGCCGCAGCCGCGAGUGUGGCCGCGGUAGCCGCGGCAGUCGAGAGCAGCAAAUCCAACCCGCUCGGUCCACUGCCCGAUGGAUGGGAACAGGCGCGUACAGCCGAGGGCGAGAUCUAUUUCAUCAAUCAUCAGACUCGUACCACCUCCUGGUUCGAUCCGCGAAUCCCAUCACAUCUCCAAAGAACUCCAGCGUCUGGUGCGAUGCUGCCACAGAACUGGCAACUGCAGCAACCUACCGGCGGCAUCCAAAGUAAUCAGAGUCUACAGGCAGCCUGCCAGCAAAAGAUUCGUCUUCAGUCGUUACAGAUGGAACGUGAACGCUUGAAACAGCGGCAGCAGGAAAUCAUGCGCCAGCAAGAGAUGAUGCGACAGAGCACCACGGACGUCGCCAUGGAUCCGUUUCUAUCGGGUAUUAACGAGCAACAUGCGCGCCAGGAGAGUGCUGACAGUGGCCUAGGACUCGGUUCUGCAUAUUCCAUACCUCAGGCCUCCGAUGACUUCCUCAACAUAGACGAAAACAUGGACGGCACGAGUGAAAGGCACUGUGCGUUGAAUGAUCUUACGAAACGAUUAUACCGAAGCCAUAAAUACAUAAACGGGGGUGCGCCGAUGGACACGCCGGAUCUCUCGACCUUGAGUGAUAAUAUCGAUUCGACAGACGAUCUCUUGCCGUCACUUCAGCUGAACGAGGAGUUCAGCACCGAUAUUUUGGACGACGUGCAGUCACUCAUAAAUCCUAACACAACCAAGCCGGAGAACGUGCUGACUUGGCUAUAGGAUUAGAAGUGAUACUGCGGCGGAUGUCGGCCUAUUUAAAAGGAUAGGUAUUCAGGUUCUUGAAGUGGAAACUUUAUCCAAAUCUAGAUAUUAACCUGUGGUCAAUUAAUUGCAACAUUGAUCAGCGUCGUUUUUAAUAUUUUCAAUUAAUGAUGCAAUCUACUUUUUUAUAAUUCUGUACUGUGGGUUAGACUAUACUAGACUAUAAGGAUAGGAUUAAGUCUCUACUUCAAACCUAAACACCUAUUUUUUUCUUUGUUUCUUUCUAUUUGGAUUUUUGCGAGGAUGCAUUACCACGACAACAUGAUAACAAUUAUCGUUGAAAUAUUUAUUUUUUUAUCUCAAACUUUUUAUAAGGAGUGAUAUGAUGAAAUAAAGUUUAUCAGGAGAUAAACCCAUUUUUGCUCGAUAUGUAAUGAUUUUAUCAUUAAGUUAUCCUAGACCUUCUAAAACUCCAAUAAAUUUAAACGUGUGUUCAUAUGCGCAUGUAAGUAGGUAUAAACAUGCCGUAGUAAAUGUAAGUUUAUAUUUUGGAAGUUAUUGGAUAGCUUAAUGGAAAAUUCGCCUAUCAAAUGAAAGAUUAUUCUGAUGCUUAGCUUACAUGUUAGAAGAAAUUUUGAAUGGAAAACAAAUAUUUUCUUGUGAUAGAAAUAGUCAAAUUACACAUUCAAUGUAACUUUGUAAUAUAUCGUGGUACCGCAUUUCUCUUGUGAAAAUCCAAAUAAAAGGAUUUUUAUAUCUUAUUAUAUGCCGUCUGAGGAAAGGAAAGAAAGAAGGAAGAAGUGAAAGACUAUUUGCGAACUUGCUUUAAAUGUCAAUAUCUCCAGUCUUUUAUUUUCUCCUUUAUUUCUUUCUUUGUUAAACAAUAUUAUAUUUUAUAUAUGCAACGAAAAUUUCUAUUCCGUAUUCAUAUUCGUUGGACUUUGACGAUCGCGCCUUGUCAGAUCAUUGAUUUUUGUUGCAUAUGAUGGUAUCAAGAGAUCGUACAAUAUUUAUGCUCCCAGUUUGUAAUUGUAUCUUCAUGUGGUUUUUGCACGCAGAAUGCGAUUUAGUUGUAAAAGCUAAUAUAAAGAAAUUAUGGCCGGUAUUCAUAGUCAGAUAUUAUAUUUAAGCUCGUCUUAAGUCUGGUCAAAGACAGUCUUAAGACUCCAUCCAACCCAUCCAACCAAUGACCAUAUUAGCAUCUUAAGACAUUACUUAAGACGAUCUUAAAGAUGCUAUAUGAGUACCGGUCUAUGAAUGGAUUAUAAAAAAUUUCAAGUUUUCUAACGCGAACCGAUUUGCUGCAUGUUUUCGCGCGAGGGAUAUGGUGCUAUUCUUAUCUUGGGUGCAUGUAAUUGAAAAUUGUUAUUAUUACAAAUGUUAUCAAUUAUAGUAAAUUAUUAUUUGCUAUAAUUAUUAUUUGAAAAUUAUUUGCUAUAAUUGGCUCUUUAAUUCUUGAGAGAGAUACUAAUACAUUAUAGUUUAAAUUAUAGAUAUGGUGGCAACCUGGGGUUUUAAAUUGUGAAUUCUGACCAAGUUCGUCAUCGUAUUACUAUCUCGAAGAUCAUCGAUCUUCGAAGUUGCGGAGCAAUAGUAAUGUUUACUGGACGAAGAUCGAAGAGUUUUUAAUACAGUAGAUUCAUAAAUGUUUAUCAAUAUUUCGAAUAUGACAUACGGAAUUGUACAAUGUUCAAUCAGCCUUUUAAGUCGCGGGAUAUAUAUAUAUACAUAUACAUAUCCCGAUGAUAUGUAUAUGUAUAUAUAUAUGUAUACAUAUAUGUAUUGGCAUACAUAUGUUGGAAACAUAUAUAUUGUCUGCGAUCUUGUUUCUAGUAUAAUUUUUUACGAACGAUAUGCUUUAAAGCAGAGUGCCUUGUCUUUAUAAUCAAUUAAUGUGACAACUUUACUCAUCGUUUUUUGCUGCAUUAACCGUCCAUAUAAAACAUUAUGUGAAGUAGUUAUUAAAAGUGAGCGACGUUUUAGAUUGUCGGCUGAAUAUUUCUGCCGUGGAUAAAUGCAAAAUGAGAAUAUAUAUAUUUUUUUUAUAUGUAAAGUCUAUACUCUUGUUACAAAUUGCAAUUAUAUUGAUAUUUUUCGAGAAAUGCUGUUAGAUUGUAAAAUUCUCAUAUGCGUUUUAUACUAUCAUACAAUUAUGUAACGAAGAUUACCAGAGCGAGAACAAUAUCUGGUAUUUAUAGAUUUAUCUAUAUAUUUUUUAUCUAUAAGGAUUUUCGCCCUUCAUGUCUCUAGCGAAGGGUACUGGAGUGGUGCGAAAGAAAAGAGGCCGCUAACAUUGAACUUUUUCGUUAUCGAGGAUUAACUCACGGCCUAUUUAUUAUCGGAAAUCAUAACGUUUCCGAUAAAGAAGAUAACGUGUGUAUGCAAUUAGAGGCAGCUGAGAAUAUAUGGAAAGAAAUUUACGCGACUAUUUUCAUCACUUAACAAGUGACAAUAUCCAUCUUGAUUGAUACGUAAUAAAAAUAAAUUACGUAAAUAAAAAAUUACGUAAUUGAACAAUAUAUAAUUAAAUUCAUAAACAAUGGAAAGUUACAUGAAAUGUGUUCAUUGAAUAUGAAUAUUAGAUUAAUAUUUUGUAUUACCUUAAUAUAGGCGCGCUUGCUACGAGAUCGAAAUAGUUACGUAAAUUUCUCACCUUUUUGUAUAUUAAGGACAUCGACAAUCUUAUCGUGUAAAACUUUUUGUAAUAUUGGCUUUCCCGCUUUUCCCCGCCGCCGGGAAAAGCCUCGGAGAAACGAGAGAAAUUUUCGUUAUUCGCACGCUCCUGCGUUGAUGUCUCUUUAAUUCAACUGGUUGGCCGUGCGAAUGUCGAAUCUUCGACCACUUGAUUUUUUUUUCUUUUCUUUUAAAAUAGUAAAAAGUACGGGCGAUCGUGUAAACGUUGAUUUGACAUUUGUGUCAUUCACUGUAUUUUUUUUUGGGCCGACACUCUGGAAGGCGGGACGUCGCACGUCGAGCACGGUGUGAGAACGUGAUUUUUCUUAUUUUACAUGUAUAAGUUCGAUCAUCCCACGAUUGAUUGUAUUCGAGACAUUUUUAAUGCCAUUUUUAACAGCCGGAUUAAGGACGCGUUUUGAGUUUUAUUCAGUUUUGAGUUUCUCCUUUUUAUUCGCUUUAUCCUAUCUCAAAAUUCCAAUUUUAUUCAGCUGCCUUUUAGUUUUGUUUUAUUCGAUUUCGCUGUGCCACAUGAAUUUACGGCGACGUCCCUUUCCCGAUCGGCGUUACCGUCGAAAUCGGUAGCGUUUCUCGGUGUCACGAGGUGUCGAUCCGACAGUCUUCCAGGAACGUCAUGCAAAUCAAGCGCGUUUGAUGUAUUAUUUUAAUUACAAUUUAACGAUUAAUAUUUACCAUAUUGUAUCUUGCUUUUAGUCUCAGUGUAGAUUACGUUUUGGGGAGCAUUGCGACACGGAAACUUACGUAAGUGCCUUCACGUUUUCGAGACGAAAACACAAUAAGUUCCGCGAUCCACGCUAAUGCGUAGGAUAGAUUUUUAGAUCGAGAACUCCCCGCUUAGGCUGCGCAUUCGCCUCGAUAAUAUCUGAGAUUAUACACAAAAGCAAUUAGUUGUUUAAUGUCAGUAUUUAAAUAUGCUCAUUGGCAAUGUAAUUUGUGAGAUACAUUUUUAUAUCGAUAACAAGUGCCUUAGCAAUAACGAUAACAAUAAAUAUUAUUUACUUACGUA